AUGAGCCCCGUCAAGCAGCAACGACUCCUUUGGGUGCAUUGCACCGAACCGACAGGAGGCAUUCGCCGUCGGGAUAAACCCACCAUGACGAAGAUCCGUCGCCAUAUCAUGGAAGACAUUGGACGAUCACGACGCAAGCCCAAACGCAAUCCGCAGUUCGCCGUCGAAGCUGGGUCUCCUCCUUCUCCUCCUCUUCCUGCGUCUGCCAAUCACCCAGAGACAAACUCUCUCUUGCCGCCAUUCUGGAGCCAGGAUCCACUCGAAUUUCUAGAACAGCAGUGGGGGAUGGAUGUCUUCUCGGCGUACGGGCUAUCGUUAUUGGCUGCCGAGGGCAAACGACUACUACUCCGCAGCAAUGCAGACGAUGCAUUGACUUCCGAGGGUUUCUCAUUCCCGUUUGCUUUCACAUCGUCUGUAUUCCUCCGCCACUUCAGGGCCAUUGGGAUCUUCUCCGACCCGUCUGUGCUUAAGGGGAUCUACCACCAGUCAUCUGGGAAGGUCAAAGUUAUGGCACUGGAGCGUUCCAUGGGGACAAUCUCGUGCAUAGAAGCGGCCUUGGCGAAUCCUAGUUUUGAGCUGGCCACAGCAGAUCGAGUCAUUUCUGCCGUUCUGUCAGUUAUUUGUUACAACCUCUUGAGCCUCGAGUUUGACCAAGCACGUCUCCAUUUGGACGGCCUCGGAAGCUUGAUUGCUGCCAGAGGCGAGAUAGCGUCCCUGAAGAAUAACAAUGAGCUGAGAUUAAUGAUUUUCUGGGUCGACGUCACGAUGUGCUUGCUGUUCAACACGAGCCCACGGUAUUCGCUGCCCCUGGACCUUACCCCGGCAAUGUUCCCCAUGGGACCAUGUCCCUCAAAGGGUUUACCGAGACCGCUCUCGAGAAUUCUCACGGCUGCCGGGGCUGAAGGCGGGGUGCAGUUGGCUCACAUCCCGGCUUGUGUCGCCGGCUUGAGCCAAGUAGCCCUUACCAUUGAGUCGGAACUGGCUGUGAGAGGGGAUGCCUUGUGGAAUGAUGAGAUCUUCCUGGGGCUACGUAUCAACCCCCUCGCGCAUCGUUUGUUUGACCACGCAGGACAAACCACACGCACCAGAUUUUCUUCUCACUUAGAUCACCUCUUGGCAUCCAUCCGGCUCGGGAUUAUCGUCUGGAUUAUCUGGGCGAAACGGAUGUGUCGAUCCUGGCCCGGCUCUCCCAUGGCAUACGUGCCCGAGUUGCUGGACAUGCUCAGUAUGGAGUCCGAGUGGACGGCAGACACCGCCUCGGGUGGUGCGUCGGAUGACGUCCUGUCUGUGAGGCUCUGGCUCAGUGUUCUCUGCGGGAUUUCAUCCCGUCGCGGGUCACGCGAACGAGAAACGGCUGUAAGCCUGAUUGCAGAGGAUAUGCAUCGACUAAGCCGGAAAGAAUGGAGUGAAGUCAUGCGGAGGGUACGGCAGAUGCCAUGGAUCAGCUCAGAUCCCUUGUCAGACAUCUCUAAAUUCUCCUCUCAAUCCCAACACGGCUGCGUAUCUAAUCAGUCUUAUCCUCAACAUGUCAACCUCCUCAAGUCACCCAAGAAUCAUCGUCGUUCUCGGAGCCACAGGGAACCAAGGCGGUGGCGUCGUCCGGGCACUGCUCAAAUCGAAACUCUGCGGACAGCCUUUGCUGGCGCCUACGGAGUCUUCGCCAUCACCAGCGAGCGGCACCCGGACAAGGAGAUCCUGGCCACGUCGGGCCGGUAUCCUCAGCUAUACCACAUGAACAAUAAGUAUGCCGUCGAGAAGAUUGCUAGAGAAGAGCUCCCGGGGAAAGCCACUUUUCUCAUACCGGGUUUCUUCUACACGAAUCUACAAUGGCGGCAGUAUUCUCGGCGUUUGGGUAUGUUCUGCUUCCCACUUCCGUCAAACCAGGUGUGCCAGUGGACGGACCCAGAACACGACAUGGGCGCUUUCGCAGCAAGAGUAUUCGACCUCGGCAUCGACCUCACCCACGACAAGACCUACCUCGCCAUGACCCCCCCAACCACAUCACAAGAGAUAGCAGACACCUUCACACGAGUCACAGGACAACCAGCCAUCCACGACCCAGAAUCAGCCGAAGAGUUUGCCGAGCUCACGGUCCCACUCGUCGGACGGGGUUUUAAAGAAGAUGCUAAGCAGAUGAUGGAAUGGGCUGCCAUCGCUCCGAAGGACAAGGUUGCCUAUGGAGCGCUGGAUCGCCGGGAACUUGACCGUUCUGUUGAGGAAUUGGGAGUGGUUGCGAGCUCGUUUGAGGGGUGGUUGAAGAGGAGUGGCUGGACGGGGCCGGAGCGUGGGUGA